GCCCGUCCUGCCGACACCGCCCGUGGCUCCCUCGAUCGCCUUCGUCUCUGUCUCUCCUCCUCCGGCCCAUCCGCUUCGAGAUUGAUUGCCAUGCAAGAUCUUCUCGGCAAGGUCAACGGCUAUGCCGGAUCCAUCUCCCAGGCGCUUCGCGCUGCCUCGCCCAGGGAGCUCCUCAUCUACGGCGCCCUGGCGGUCCCCGUUCUGCUCAUCAUUGUCUCGCUGCUCUGGAGCUCCUCCAAGUCCAACUUCAAGCAGCUUUCCUUCCUUGAGUCCAUCCUCUUCCUCAAGGACGGUCAAAUCAGUCCCGCCUGGGGCGAUGCCGCUUGGUGCCGCGCCCUCGGCCUGAACAUCCUUACCAUCCUGGGCGUCGAAAAGUCCAAGUGGAUCUUCAAGGGUGAAGGCAAAUACGUUCGUGCUCACUGGCCCACACAUCUCUUGGGACUCAUGGGCGAAAACUGUGUCGCUGCCAUCAUCGGCGAUACCCACAAGAAGCUCCGCAACCUGCUGAUCAAGGCUUUUACUCCUGCCAAGCUGACUAGCAUGUACCCCCUGUUCAAGCAACAGACCGAAGACUUUGUCGAGACUCUCUCGCAAGAAACGCUCAAGAACACGACCGGCGCCUUCCCCAACCUCCCUCUCCGUCACUUUACCUACAGAAUCAUCUCGACCCUGCUCGUCGGCUCCAACGCCGGCGAUCUUGAGAAGCUUAUGAAGGUCCUGCCCGAGUUUGCCGUUAUGAUUGCCGGAUACGAAGUCUGGAUCCCCUACAACCUGCCCUUCACCCCCUUUGGCAAGGCCAUGGCUGCCAAGAAGCGUCUCAUCGUCCUUAUGCAGGAGAUUAUCGACAAUCGCCGCCAGCGCCUUGCCAGCGGCGAGGCCGAGAGUCUUGGUGAAGAUGCCCUCGGUGUCCUCAUCGGUGGCAAAGACGAGGAUGGCAAGGUCCUGAGCGAUGAUAUCCUUAUCGACAACAUGCUGUUCUUCCUGCUCGCUGGCCACGAUACCACUGCCUCGAGCAUCUGCUCCAUCCUGCAUUUCUACUGCGACGUUGCUACUGCCGAGCAGAAGGCCAAGCUGCAGGAGGAAGUCGACUCCGUCGGCGCCGACCCCAGCUACUCUACUCUGAUGGGCCUGCCUUACCUCGAUGGAUUCAUCAAGGAGUCGAUGCGUCUCUUGCCUGCUGCCGUCGGCAACCUCCGCUCCACGACCGAGGACGUCAUCGUCCCCAACAGCAAGGGCCAGCAGGUUGAAAUCAAGAAGGGAUCCUGGAUGAUCUUUAUCGCCAAGGCCAUUGGCCAGAACCCGGCCAUCUUCCCGGAGCCACAGCGGUUUGACCCCGAACGCUUCAUUGGCGACAACCCUGUUGAUCGCCAGCACCCGUUUGCCUAUGUCGUCUUUGGCGGUGGCAACCGUCUCUGCAUCGGAAUGCUCCUGGCCAAGCUCGAGAUGAAACUGUUUGUUCACCAGACCCUCUUCAACUACACCGUCGAGCGCAAGACCAAGGAGCUGAAGAAGGGAUUCAUUCCUCUGACCUUCAAGGAGCCCCGAGUCGUCAUCCGACCAAAGACCACCGCUUAAAUUGGCGGUUCCCCCCACCGAACAAAUCAGCUCUGUGGGAGGGCAAAUCGUCGCUGAACUUGCACAUCGCCUCCCCCCACCACCAGCUUCCCCCCCGCCAUUGUACAUCUCCCGCCUUGUUUGCGUACUCUUUCGUGCGCCUUGUUUUGCCCCCCGUCUGGGACCGAUAUCGUACAUGCGUGUGCCAUACUCAACGGCCUCUGCUAUCUGCUCUGAAUAGAGACCUCGAGACAUUCCCCCCCAACCCGCCCGAUGUACUGUGUUUUUUUGGGGGGGGGCCAUGCUUCUUUUGCGCCGCUGCUGGAACGAGAGGCGGUGUCGUGGAUACAUUUGUCCUUCUCCUUUUCGCCGAACUCGUUUCGCAGCGUCGCACAGAGCGACAACCAGCGGCGGAACAUCGCCCCUCGAUAAAAAGAUGCUCCUU